AUGGAAUACUUAAUAUUAGAAGAAAAAUAUAAAAAUCUUUUGAAUAAAUCUUGCUAUGAAAAAACAAUUCUUAAAAAAGAAAAUGAAGCUCUCCAGAAAAAAUUAGAGAAUCUAGAAUAUGCUUAUAUUGAAAAGGAAAAUGAAAUCACCGAAAUAUUUGAAGAAAAGGAAAAACACGAAGAUAAUAUAGUUAAAUUAAAAAAGGAAAACCUAGAUUUAAAAGAUGAAAUUUCUAAACUACAUGAAAGAAUAGUAGAUUUAACAGAUUUAUCUAAGACAUACAGAAAAAUGAUAAAAAGUAGAAACAAAGAAUUGCAACAAUCGGAUAUUCUAAUAUCAGAAAAUAUUAACUUACGAAAUAGCAUUAAAGCUGUGAACAACGAAAAAUUAAAUUUAGAAUCAGAACUGAGAAAAAAGACAAAAGUCAUAAAUGUGAUAAAGGAAAAAUAUAAAAAAAAUAUAAGCACAUUACUUGAAAAGUUUAAUGAAAAGGACAGGCGCAUGUAUGAAAUUCAAAGUUUUAUUGUAAAUGAACUGAAUAAUUUUAAAAUUAUUAUUCAAGAAAAUAAAAGUCUCCAUUAUCACGAAAAUUUAACAGAUAAAAAUAUUACGAAUAUAUACUUUCACUUAGAUAUGCUAACAAAAAAAUUGGAAGAGAAAAUGACAAUAUCCAUAAUGAAGUAG